AUGGAAGCUGAACCAUCGCUCCCCUCACCCCCGUCCGAAUCGGCGCCAGCCGUUCCUCUUGAUGCAUCAAUACGCACCACUUCGAUCCACCCUGACUGUCCCGAGAUCCAAGUCCCAGGAGAGCCAUUGCUAUCAUAUCGCUAUCACCCAGUUACCUGCCAACCAAUCGAAAAUCUAGAUGUGCGCGUCGAGCUGGAGCAGCUACGGCAACAACACCCAUCCCGUGCUGCAGCCCUCCGUGCACAAGAACAAGCUGCCAAAGAGGUGAAAGAGCGCCUGGAAAAUGCCGAGCGGAAGAGAGAGAAUGUUCAGAAAAAUAUCGACAAGAAGAUCAAGGAACGCAACACGGAGAUGAAGGUCUUGUCCAAGUACCAGGAAGUGAAAGCGUCGGACAUUCCGUCUUGA